UCGGCGGCCGAUCAGUCCGCUUUCGGUGCUCAAGCGUUUCGUUUCGUUUGCCUUUAGCCUCCAGUAGAAACCGGGAGGAGCCCCCUGACCAAUCCCCCAGCUCCCCAAAGCUAAAGCCAGACCAGUUUGUUAUGCGAUGACGUGCUAGCCGCUCUUGGUCUCUCCCACCGCAAUAUACCCACUUUCCGGCUCUCUUUGUGCCAAAAAGAAAUCAUAAGCUAAUAAAAUAGUUUUCUACGCGGAAAACAGACAACUAACUAGAGGGAAAACCGGGACACCAAUUUCUCGUUCAAGACAUUCUCGCCUACACCUGAGUUAGUAAUUAUAGAAAGCUUUCAAGCUAAACUUUUGCGCAAGUGCUCAGCUGAUAUUGGUAGGUCCUUAAAUUCCCCAUCAGUUCCUGAAUAGUUCUGAUACCACUAUGACGUAACACUAGAACCCACUGAGAAUGCCGCCCAUUUAAAGGAAUUGAAUUGCAAACCACCUUUCAUUUUUGAUCAAAGAAUAGCUCAGAACUCAGGCAAUAAAAUGAGCCAAAAGGACAGAAAAUCACGCUGGUAUUUCGGCGGCUUGGCCAGCGUGGGUGCCGCUAUUGUCACUCACCCUCUCGACCUCAUCAAGGUUACAAUGCAGACGCAACAAGGCAAGCUGUCCGUUGUCCAACUGGUUCCGAGUAUUAUCCGGGAACAAGGAGUUGUGGCCUUAUACAGCGGCAUCUCCGCCUCGAUGCUACGACAGAUGACCUACUCCACGACGCGAUUUGGUGCUUAUGAGGUCGGCAAAAGCUAUAUCAACACUGAUACCUUUACCGGCAAGGUGCUUUUGGCCGGUUUCUCUGGUUUUGCUGGCGGUAUUAUUGGCACACCGGCGGACAUGGUCAACGUUCGGAUGCAGAACGAUGUUAAGUUGCCCCGCGAUCAACGGCGCAAUUACAAACACGCCUUUGAUGGUCUCAUAAAGGUAUAUCGCCAAGAAGGAUUUGCAAAACUUUUCUCCGGAGCUACAACGGCGACAACGCGUGGAAUACUCAUGACCAUCGGGCAGAUUGCGUUCUACGACGAAACCAAGAAGCACCUACUGGCCACCGCCUACUUCCAGGAUAACUUGGUGACGCACUUUACCGCCUCACUAGUGGCGGGAGCAAUAGCCACCACUCUUACCCAGCCCUUGGAUGUCCUGAAGACGCGGUCGAUGAACGCGAAGCCUGGAGAAUAUAAGGGAUUGUGGGACAUUGUUAAGCAUGUGGGACAAUUAGGACCUCUUGGUUUCUUCAAGGGCUACGUGCCAGCCUUUGUGCGAUUGGGUCCUCACACCAUCCUGACCUUCGUGUUCCUGGAGCAGCUCCGCAUGAACUUUGGCUAUACAUCUAGUAGCUAACCGAGAUUCCCAUCGAUCCCAUCCUAGGAAAUAAUUCGUCAUGGCUGGCUGGCAGAUUCCCUUGAGCAAUGCUAACAUUCCAGCUGCAAUAGGGCCACGGACCGUAAUCAUAAGUUUAAACCGGAUUGAUUGUUAACGAAAAUGCUUUUAUUGUUGCUUACUAUGGUUGAUAGAGAGAUCCUUUUACGCCAAUAACGAAUUCAUAUUUUCCGCAAAUGUGUACUUUAUUGGUAUUCCGAUAUCACAAAAGGUCUAAAAAAUAAUAAUAAUAUUUAAGAACUAUAUCCUUUUCAUGCAUUCAGAAGCGCAAAGCUAUUACACUCAAGAUUAUAUUAAAGUUUUUAUAGUUUUAACAGUCGUAGGGUAUUGGCUGCAUUUAAAAUUAAGCCUUGUUAAUGCGGGCAUAAUGGUUUUAGUUGAGCCCGAUUGUUUUUCGUCGUCAUUGCCGUGCUGUUAGCAAUUAACUUAAUUCGUUACUAAUUGGUGGGCAUCUGCUUGUUGUUGCUUUAUGUGUAAAGACUGCCAUGCAAUAAAUAAAUAAAACAAAUCUAGAUAAAGUGAA